CACUACUACAUAUUUUCGGAGGACCAAUCACGAAAAGGCUAAAGCUUAUUUUGGCGAUUUAAUUGCUAAACUGCGCUUCUCGCCUGCUUAACCUAUCCCACCACACUUCCCAUCCUCUGAAAUUGGGUUCCAUAGAUGAACCAAGGAUUGCAACUAGGUUUUAGAACUAUCGUCAUUUUUUCGAGCUUUGCAGUGGUCCCUAAGAAUUUGGGUAUUGAAAGAUUGACUCCAUUAAGAGGCAAAGUAAUGGGUUCUAAGGGAAGAAGCUUUUCGAAUUCAUCCUCCAUUUCCGACCAAAACUUUGAUAAGAAACUCAAUGAAGCGAUAGACUACGACAACCCCAUUUCUAAUAGCCCGCUUCUCAAGAAUAUCAAGGAUGAUCCAGGCAAAAUCGAGGCAAUGACAGUUCAACAACUUAGAACUGCAUUGAGGACUGUCGGGAUCCCUUCCAAAGGUUUGAAACGUGAGCUUGUAUCUGCUUUACAGUCUUAUUUGGCCAAGGAAAUAGAUGGUGAAAGUUCUCUUUUGGCAGACAAACUAGAUCCCUCUGGUUCUGAUACAAAAAUAUCUAUGAUGAUGGAGACAAAAUCAGUAGAAGACCAAGUCCAAGAUGUUAACACUAUUUCUAAGGUUUCCAUGGUUCAACGGAGCAGGAAAACUGUAAAACAGUUGCAAAUUAAGGGCAAAACUGUCGAUGUUGAUGAUAAAAUUGUUGCCACCGAGCAGAAGAAAACUACUUGUGCUUCAGGUAGGAAGAAUUCUCUAACAAAGAGGAAAUCACCUUUAGACAUUGAUAGCAAAGAUGUUAGUGCUGAAAAUGAAGUUACUCCCGUGAAUCAAAGCGAACCAUGGACUAUUUUGGCCCAUAAGAAGCCGCAAAAAGGGUGGAUAGCAUAUAAUCCUAGAACUAUGAGACGAACACCUCCUAAGGAGAAUACAGAGUUUGUUAAGAUUCUGUCUUGGAAUGUCAAUGGGCUUAGAGCAUUGCUGAAACUAGAAGGAUUUUCUGCUCUGGAACUUGCCAAAAGGGAAAACUUUGAUAUAUUAUGUUUGCAAGAAACUAAACUUCAGGAGAAAGAUGUCGAGUCAAUCAAACAGUCUCUCAUAGAAGGAUAUGAGAAUAGCUUCUGGACUUGUAGCAAUGCAAAACUUGGUUAUUCUGGCACUGCAAUAAUAUCUCGGAUAAAGCCACUUUCAGUCAGAUAUGGCCUGGGCAUAUCAGAUCAUGAUAGUGAAGGACGGGUUGUGACAGCAGAGUUCGACUCUUUUUAUUUGUUAAGUGUCUAUGUUCCCAAUUCUGGGGAUGGCUUGAGAAGGCUGACAUAUAGGACUACAGAAUGGGAUCCAUCUCUUAGCAAUUACAUAAAAGAAUUGGAAAAGGCAAAGCCAGUCAUUUUGACGGGGGAUUUGAAUUGUGCACAUGAAGAGAUAGACAUUUAUAAUCCGGCUGGAAACAAAAGAAUGCUGGGUUUACAAUUGAAGAAAGGCAAUCUUUUGGCACAAACUUCUUAUCCAGGGGCUUUGUUGACACCUUUAGAAAGCAGCAUCCAGGUGUUGUUGGGUAUACUUAUUGGGGUUAUCGGCAUGGUGGGCGCAAAACUAACAAAGGAUGGAGGCUUGACUACUUCCUAGUCUCAGAAGCCAUAGCUGAUGACGUUCAUGAUUCCUAUAUUCUUCCUGAUGUCAUCGGUAGUGAUCACUGCCCUAUCAGCCUUGUACUCAAGCUCUAGGCUGCCUCACCCAACAGUGGAUCAAUUGGCCGGCUGGAAUUUUGAUGGGACAAGUGCAAGAAUUUCUCAACCAAAACCCAACUUGCAAGGAAGUCUGAAGGUCGUGGGAGCUGAAAGAAAAUGGAGUUCCCUUGAUACGAUAAUAACUGUUAAGCUACCACCUCUGCCGGAAUUGAUCAUAUCUUUUGCUGUUGUGUUGUCUUUGUUUCCUUUUUUGUUGAUGGCUGAUCUGUGCAGAGGUUGGGGCAGAAAAUAUCAGACGAGGGGGGAAACUCAAAAGCCAUUGGAACUUAUAUAAGAUUUUCUAGUUAAAAUGCAUGGCUUUGUAGAGUUGGUAAAAUCUUAGCUUUCCCUUGUCCCUAGUAUUAACAUUUUGGUUUGUAGUUAAAGAAUAGUUGUUUAUGCUAAUGAAAAGUUUUAU